UUUUCAGACAUUACCUGUGUCUUAGCUGAGUGGAGGCUUUAGUGAACGUCUGCCGUGUUAGCAUCGAGGCUAAGUUAGCCGUUUAACUCGCUGCCGCUCUGAGGACUUCGCCGACAUGCCUCAGACCAACAAGUCAGCUAGCGGGUGCAGCGUGCCGGGUCAGGUGUCUGCUCCAGACCAGGGUGAGCCACCGCCGCCACCGCCGCAGAAUGUCAGGUCUCAGGUGUCUGCAGGAGACGAAGACGGAGGAGCCACGGCAGAAGACCAAGGAGACCCAGAGAUCAUCAAAUCACCCAGUGACCCGAAGAAAUACAGAUACAUCGAGCUGAGCAACGGCCUGCGAGCGCUCCUCAUCUCCGACUUCAGCGGCGCAGAUGGGAAAGGAGGAGGCGAAACAGCAGAGGGAGAAGAUGGGCAGGACGAGGGGGAGGAAGAGGAGGAAGAGGAGGAGGAAGGAGACUCCGGUGAAGGAUCGGAGGAAGAUGAGGAGGAGGAAGAGGAGGAGGAGCAGGACAGUGACUUUGAUGAGCUGGACGAGGACGUCGCAGGAAAGAAGAAGAGGGGGAACUCUGAGAAGCAGGCUGCAGCAGCUCUGUGCAUCAGCGUCGGGAGCUUCAGUGACCCCGAUGACCUGCCGGGCCUCGCCCACUUCCUGGAACACAUGGUGUUCAUGGGCAGUGAAAAAUACCCGGCAGAGAAUGGCUUCGACGCCUUCCUGAAGAAGCAUGGAGGAAGUGAUAACGCCUCCACGGACUGUGAGAGGACCAUCUUCCAGUUUGACGUUCAGAGGAAGUAUUUCAGAGAGGCGCUGGACAGGUGGGCUCAGUUCUUCAUCUGUCCCCUGAUGAUAGAGGACGCCAUCGACAGAGAGGUGGAGGCUGUGGACAGCGAGUACCAGUUAGCGAGGCCGUCGGACUCACAUCGUAAAGAAAUGCUGUUUGGGAGUUUGGCAAAACCAGGACACCCAAUGAGCAAGUUCUGCUGGGGUAAUGCUCAGACAUUAAAACACGAGCCGAGAGAGAAACAGAUCAAUACCUACCAGCGUCUCCGAGACUUCUGGAGGAGAUAUUACUCCGCUCAUUACAUGACGUUAACGGUUCAGUCCAAAGAGACGCUGGACACUUUGGAGACAUGGGUGAGAGAAAUCUUCAUCAAAGUUCCCAACAAUGGUGAACCUCGAGCAGAUUUUUCUCACCUUCAGCAGCCGUUCGACACCCCGGCCUUCAACAAACUCUACAGAGUGGUUCCUGUGAGAAAAGUUCAUGCUCUGACCAUCAGCUGGGCUGUACCGCCGCAGGGAAAACACUACAGAGUGAAACCUCUUCAUUACAUCUCCUGGCUGAUUGGACACGAGGGGACCGGCAGCAUCCUCUCUCUGCUCAGGAAGAAGUGCUGGGCUCUGGCUCUGUUUGGAGGGAACAGUGAGACGGGUUUCGACCAGAACUCCACCUACUCCAUCUUCUCCAUCUCCAUCACCCUCACCGACCAGGGCUACCAGAACUUCUACCAGGUGGUUCAUUUUGUGGUCCAGUACCUGAAGAUGCUGCAGACUCUCGGCCCUCAGCAGAGAAUCUAUGAGGAGAUCCAGAAGAUAGAGGCGAAUGAGUUCCACUAUCAGGAGCAGACGGAUCCCAUCGAGUUUGUGGAGAAUAUUUGUGAAAACAUGCAGCUGUUUCCUAAAGAGGACUUCCUGACUGGAGACCAGCUCAUGUUUGAAUAUGACCCUCAGGUGAUCGGUGCUGCUCUCUCCCUGCUGACUCCAGACAAAGCGAACCUGCUGCUGCUCUCACCGGAGAACGAGGGUCACUGCCCGCUGCGGGAAAAAUGGUUCGGUACCUGCUACAGCGUGGAGGACAUUUCAGACGAGUGGGCUCAGCGCUGGAGCGGAGACUUUGAACUCAACCCUGAACUCCACCUUCCUGCUGAGAACAAAUUCAUCGCGACGGAUUUUGACCUGAAGAUGUCGGACUGUCCAGACACAGAGUUCCCCGUGAGGAUCGUAAACAACGAGCGAGGCUGUCUGUGGUACAAGAAGGACAACAAGUUCAAGAUCCCCAAAGCGUACAUCCGCUUCAACCUGAUCUCUCCGCUGAUUCAGAAGAGUCCAGAAAAUCUGGUGCUCUUCGACCUCUUCGUGAACAUCCUGGCCCACAACCUGGCAGAGCCGGCGUACGAGGCCGACGUGGCUCAGCUGGAGUACAAGCUGGUGGCGGGGGAGCACGGCCUGGUGAUCCGGCUCAAAGGCUUCAACCACAAGCUGCCGCUGCUGUUGAAGCUCAUCGUGGAUCAUCUCGCUGAGUUCAACACGGAGCCUGGCGUGUUCACCAUGUUCUCUGAGCAGCUGAAGAAAACUUACUUCAACAUCCUCAUCAAGCCAGAGAGACUCGGCAAAGACAUCCGUCUGCUGAUCCUGGAGCACUGUCGCUGGUCCGUCAUUCAGAAGUAUCAAGCCGUCACCAAGGGCCUGACCGUCGACGACCUCCUGGCGUUUGUCUCUGGGCUGAAGGCGGAGCUUUACGCUGAGGGGCUGGUGCAGGGAAACUUUACCAGCACGGAGUCUAAGGAGUUUCUGCAGUACUUCAUAGAUAAGCUGCAGUUCCAGCCUCUGUCAGCAGAGGUCCCCGUGCUGUUCCGUGUGGUGGAGCUGCCUCAGAAACAUCACCUGUGUAAGGUCAAAUCUCUCAACAAAGGAGACGCCAACUCUGAGGUCACCGUCUACUUCCAGUCGGGGUUGAAGAACCUCAGAGAGCACGCCCUGAUGGAGCUGAUGGUGAUGCACAUGGAGGAGCCGUGUUUUGACUUCCUGAGGACAAAGGAGACACUGGGGUAUCAGGUGUACCCAACCUGCAGGAACACCUCAGGUGUGCUGGGAUUCUCCGUCACCGUGGAAACACAGGCCACUAAGUUCAGCUCAGAGUUCGUAGAGGCGAAGAUCGAGGAGUUCCUCAUCUGCUUCGGCGAGCGUCUGUCGAGUCUGAGCGAGGAGGCGUUUAAAACACAGGUGACCGCUCUCAUCAAGCUAAAGGAGUGUGAGGACGCUCACCUAGGAGAGGAAGUGGACCGCAACUGGUUUGAGGUAGUGACGCAGCAGUAUGUCUUCAAACGGCUCAACAAGGAGAUCGAGGCCCUGAAGCUCUUCAGUCAGGAGGAGCUGGUCUCCUGGUUCAUGGAGCACAGAAACAGCAGCAGGAAGCUCAGUGUGCACGUGGUUGGUUUUGGCGUGGAGGAAAACGACCUGACGGAGCAGAGCGUCUCCAGCAGCCCCGACUCCACCCCCUCCUCCUCGGCCUACGGUGAGGUCAACGAGCUGACCUUCUUACCCGCCUCCUCGCCGGCGCUCCAGGACGUCACCCUUAUCACAGACAUCAGGGCGUUCACCUCAUCCCUCCCCCUCCACCCCUACCAUAAAAUCCUCAGCUAGGCUAGGCUAGGCUAGGCUAGGCUAGGCCAGGACGGAUGGACAGUGGAGCUGGAGAACGCCUCGUUCUGUCCCCGUGACAGAGAAAAAUCAAGUUAACAUUCAAACAGGAAGCAUCUAUGUUUGAUCGACGAGGACAGACGAGGGGUUGUUAAAUGCUGUGUUCACAUCCUGUGGGGAAAAAAAAAAAACUAAAACCUGGGCCUGUAUUUAUCAAACGGCAGUACCAGUGCUUAUCCUGCAGGACGCUGCACCGUCACAGACAUCUAUGAAAAUAUUUAGAAAUGCAGAAAAUAACUCCUUAAUGUAGCGUAAAGCUCUGCAGCGUGUGCUUUACUGUAGCUCAGUUUAUAUCCAACAGUAGGGCGCUACCUUUACUUAAUGACUGUUACUAACAAGCUAUUUGCACUAACUAGCGCAGCUAAAAUAAGUAAAGGCUAAGGGAAAAGUCAGCGCUUUUCUAUCAUGUUAAACAUUUUAAAGACUAAUGAUGAUGAUGCAAACAGACUGGGGAGGUUCUGUUUAUAACAAACUUUAAAAAAUAAUGAGCUCGGGAAACGUACCGUCACAUUCGAUCAUUCUUUUAUGCAUUAUUCCCUUUUUUAUUAUUCCGUUUAAUCUACAAAUUAUAGCAAUACUCAGUAAUAUCAGGAUCAGCACAUUAUAAAGUUUGUUAAGAGUAUCAGAUGAUGUGAUUAUUUCUGAUAUUUACAACUGAUUUAUCAGCUGAGGAUACCAGCAGUAAGGGAUGAGCAUUUUAAAAGAAAUAAUAGGGAUGUAACAGCAUCAAAAUCUCACACCUUUGUAACUACUCUACAGUACGAUAUUUAUUAAGGUAUCAAAAAAAUCCACAACAACAAACAAGACUUGGAAAAAAGUGAUGUCUGCAUUUAUUAAUCAACAGUUGCACUGUGAAUACUACAACAUGUGCAAAAAAAGGCUUAAAAACCUAUCCUGAUGCUUUGGCUCCAGCUUUUCUAACCUUCUAAAAUCUCCAUUGUCCACCACUGAAAACAGCUGCAGGUCUUUGCUGAUAUAUUCACUGAUAAACCUCAGUGUCACCCUCACGCUGCUGGGAGGAAGUAGGAUUCUGAACUCUUCCAUAAGAGUCUAAAGUCGCUGGAACAGUCUCUAAAACAGGGAGGUCAAUCUCAAUCACAGCCAGUGUUAACUUUGUCGACUAAAACUCUGACCAAAACUAUUCGUCAAAAGCCUUUUUUCCAUGACAAAAACUAGACUAAAACUAACAAAAACAGAUCUGUGAUGACUUAAACUGACUAAAAGUAAGUUUAGU